UAGAGACAGACAGUAUUACCAAAUAUGCUGGAAGCACAGUGAGGUCAAACAAACCAAAAAAUCAGAGCUUGGAGCAGAGAAAGUUGUAUUGCAGGGUCAAGUAAGGAGAAAGAGUGGGUCAUGCUCAAAAAACCCGAACUCCCUGAUGGUUUGUGGGGAGAAGUUUUCAUAGGCAAAAUUUGGGCUGAGGGCUGAAGGGUGUGUUGGUGGUGAGGUAACAGGGUGGUGUUUCAGGAAUCUUGUACUCAGCCUGAAGUUACCAUCCUCCACUUGCUGGGGGAGGGAGGCACUUAAUUCCAGUAGAACGCAUAGACGUGUUGUAUAUUCCUUGAGGAACCAGGAUCCUGCUUUAAUUGUUAGCUUAUCGUUUCUUGACUGCUCCUUCUUUGUUUCGGCCUCCCCUCACUAGUAACUGUUUGAAUCUGCCCUCUAGUAUUGAAGGAAGGUCUAAGAGGCUGAAGCCUAUUUCCUACAAACAAGACAGGGAGACACAGAAAAGAUGUACACCCAAGAGGGUUCCCGAAUGUCCUACUCGGUUUCAGCAGUAACUUAAAAUUAGCAGGAAGCAACGAGGCUUCACAGAAGAAGAAACAGAGUGAUGCAUUUACAAACCCUUGAAAACCCAGGAGGACAGCGAGAGGAACCCUGGCCCCGCCCCAGCCUGGCCUCUCUCCCCGCCCCAGCUCUGGCCCCGCCCCAGCUCUGUCUCUUUCCACCCCUCUACGUUCCCGCCCCGUCCAGGCCCCGCCUCCAGGUCGCCCCGCCUCUUCCUUCGCGCCAGCGCGCCGUUUCCUGCAGACCCGGAAGCGGUUACCGGGAGCGGAGUUCACCCUACCAAGCGAUUGAAUUCUGAAGACUCAUGUUCCCCGAGGAAGAAGCCGGGAAGAGAAGGAAAAGGAAAGAAAAGAGGUCAAGAAAGACUCUGUCUCAGCGAUGGUUGACAUUCAAGGAUGUGGCCAUCGAAUUCUCUCCGGAGGAAUGGGAGUGCCUGGACCCUGCUCAGCGGACCUUAUACAGGGACGUGAUGUUGGAGACCUACAGGAACCUGAUCUCUGUGGAUACUGCCCCUAAAUGUGUGAUCAAGGAACCACCACCAAAAGAGAGCCAUAAUACGGGGAAAACACUGCACACAGCGUCUCUGGAAAGCCAGGAGCACCGUGCCCUCCAAGAGGACGGCUGCAGGGAAAUCUGGAAAAACCAGCAUGACUCUGAGCACCAGGGGAGACAUGAUGAAAGAAACUACAAAGGCGUGCCUGGGACCCGCAAAACACCCCUCACUGGUGGAAGAGCUCGGUGUGGUCCAAGAGAUGAAGAGAACAAGCCUGUGGACCACAGGCCUGGACUAAGCUUUGGGUCACAUCUGGCGGAACUGUCGGUAUUUCAAACUGAAGGGAAAUUUUGCGACUAUAAUGAAGUCGAGAAGUCUGUCACGAGUGGUUCCUCGUCGGCAGCACCUCAGAGAUUUCUUCCUAGUGUCCAAAGCAACAUUUGUGAUGAACGUGGGAACAGUUUCUUGCCUUCUUCCUUACUCACAGGAGAGCAGAAAGCCCACAUGAGCGAAAGACCUUACAAAUGUGGUGAGUCUGACCAAGCCGCGGAUUGCGGCUCACACCCCACCAGACCUGAGAUACUCCACGCCAGAGAGAGAGGGAGUAAAGGUGAUGUGUGUGGAGGCGUCUUUAGUCACACUUCACACCUAGCAGGUCAUCACAGAAUUCAGACUGAAGAGAAACAUGACCAAGGUGAUGAGUGGGGCAAAGCCUUCCGUGAGUGGUCAGGCCUGACUCACCCUCAGGGACUCCAGACCGGGGAGAAACCUCACCAGUGUACUCAGUGUGGCAAGACCUUUCAUCAGAGCUCACAUCUCACUCGGCAUCAGAGAAUCCACACGAGAGCGAAACGUUACAAGUGUGACGUGUGCGGUAAGGCCUUCAGUUACAGCUCACACCUCAUACGUCAUCACAGGGUUCACACCGGGGAGAGGCCUUACCAGUGCCACAAGUGCGGCAAAGCCUUCAGCGUAUUUUCAAGUCUUAAUUAUCACCAGGUCGUCCACACAAAAGAGAAACCUUACAAGUGUAACGAAUGUGGCAAAGUCUUCAGUCAGAGCUCCAGCCUGUCCAGUCACCGCAGAAUUCACACUGGACUGAAACCAUACAGAUGCCCCGAAUGCGGCAAAGCCUUUAACCAGAGCUCACAUCUCAGCAGACAUCAGGUAAUCCAUACGAGAGAGAAACCUCACAAGUGUGACGAAUGUGGCAAGGUCUUCACACAAAAGUCAAGCCUUGUAAGUCACCGGAGAGUACACACUGGAGAGAAGCCUUACCAGUGUCCUGAGUGCGGCAAGGCGUUCAGUGUGUAUUCCAGUCUCACGUACCACCAGGUCGUCCACACGAGGGAGAAACCUUACAGAUGUAACGAAUGUGGCAAGGUCUUCAGUCAGAGCUCCAGCCUUCCGAGCCAUCGCAGAAUUCACACUGGAGAGAAACCAUACAAAUGUAACCAGUGCGGCAAAUCCUUCAUUCAUUGCUCAAACUUCAACAGACAUAAGAAAGUCCAUACAGGAGAGAAACCUUACAAAUGUAGUGAAUGUGGCAAGCUCUUCACUCAAAACUCAAGCCUCGUAAGUCAUACUCGGAGACUUCAUAUGAAGAAGUAACAUUACCAAUGUAACGAGCAGAUCAAAGCAUUUAUUAUAAGUUCAAGCAUGAAUUGAUGUCAGAAAGUCCAUACUAAAGAGAAAUUCUAUCAAUGUAAUUACGCGACAGAGGGGAUAUUCAGACUCCACAACUCACUGGACAUCAGUAUAUACAUCUUUGAUGAAAACCCAAGAAUGUAAUGUGCUUAUAAAGGCUUUUAUCCAUAGAUCAAAGCUACAAGGGGGAGGGUAUAGCUCAGUGGUUAGAGCAUAUGCUUAGCAUCACAAGGUCCUGGGUUCAAUCCCCAGGACCUCUAUUAAAAUAACUACAUAAACCUAAUUACCUACCUCCCCCCCCCUGAAAAUACAGAACAUCACAAAAUUCCUACUGGAGAGCAACCUUAGAAAUAUAAUGCAUGUGGGAAGGCUUUUUAUUAAACAUUCAUGCCUUUGAUGUCAUGAGAGCAUUUAUACUAGAGAGAAACCAGACCAAUUUACUGAAUCUAGAAAGGCCUGUAAGCAAGUGUUUCCCCCUGCCCAGGAUUCACCAAAGAAUUCCUAAUAGAAAGAAACCUUUUAAAUAUAAUGAGUGUUUUAAAUUUCUUCAUGACUUUUCACAACAGAAUUCACAGGAGAGCAUUCAGAUGAGGAAUAACUAAGUGUUAAGUUCUCCAGCUUUAACCUGAGAUAUUACAUACUACAGAAUAAUGAAAAGUCAAAAUAUGUGAAAACUUAGAUAGAUAGAUAGAUAGAUAGAUAGAUCUCAAAAGUAUAGAGAUAGGUCCUGAGAAUAUUAUCCUAUGGUUUCUUUUUCUAAAUCUCUUACAGCUUAAAGUACUAUGGUUUUACAUUUCCUAUUUAAAGCUGUGAUCAGUUUUGAGCUAAUAUUUGUACAGGUGUGAAGUUUUGGUGGAGUCUUUCAUGAUUUUUUUCCCUAGUAUGGAAAAUCAGUUGAUACAGUGUCAUUUUAAAAUUCUUUCUUCAUUCAGUUUUCUUGGUACCUUUGCAAAACUCGUUUGGGGCAGGGGGAGGGCAUAGCUGAGUGGUAGAGUGCAUGCUUAGCAUGCAAGAGGUCCUGGGUUCAAUCCCCAGUGCCUCCAUUAAAAAAAGAAAAAACGUAAUUACUGCCCCCACUCCACCCCCCAAAAAAACUCAGUUGAAAGUAUUUGUUGGGGCAGUUUCUGGGUUCUGUUCCAUUGGUCUGUAUGUCUCUCCACAAAUACCAGUCUUGAUUACUUCCUACCUUUCAAAAUUUUUUAUUUUAAUACCUUUAAUAAAGUUGCUUUUAUUCUUCUCCAGAUGUUUUAGCUAUUCCAAUUCCUUUGCCUUUCCAUAAAAAUUUUAGCAAAAUCUUGUUUGUGUCUACAAAAUAUCUUGAUAGAAAAUACAUUAAGCCUGUCUAUUGGUUUGCAAUCACUUGACAUCAUUUCUGUGUUACAUCUUCCAAUAAAUGGCUGUAGUAUGUAUGUA